GUAGGUGUAAAAUAGAUGUUAUUGUUGGUAUUGUUACCUUUUAUACAUGGGUCAUCACAAAGCAGUUAUCUCGACAACAGCCGGGUCAUUCGUCAGAAAUUAAGGGGUUCAGAAAAGAGCAAGUCACUUGGAUUCAUUACAGUAACUAAAACAAAAAAUGUAGAUGAUCCGACACUUGUCGCUUUACCAGAGGGCCAAAUAAGAGGUCAAGCAUUGCAGUCUCCAGACGAUAAUGUUUAUUAUGCAUUUCAAGAAAUACCGUACGCAGCUCCACCUGUAGGCGAAUUAAGAUUUCAGGCACCUGUAGCCCCAGCAAAAUGGGAAGGAAUAUUAAACACCACGAAAAAUGAAAAAAUGUGUUACCAAGGAUUUCCGGCUUCCGGAUUAUACCCAACGGAAGACUGUUUGUACUUGAAUGUUUACACUCCUCUGAAACCUGGAGAUACUUCACAAACCCCAUUGCCGGUGUUAGUAUGGAUACACGGAGGUGGAUUUCAAUCUGGAACUGGUGCUAUUCAGUCAUACAAACCUGGAUACUUCAUUGACCACAAUAUUGUUGUUGUCACGAUAAACUACCGUGUAGGAGUUCUAGGAUUUCUGACAACAGAGGAUGGAGUCAUACCAGGAAACUUAGGAUUAAAAGAUCAACAUGUUGCACUUAAGUGGGUUAAAAAUAAUAUCGAUCUAUUUGGUGGCGACCCCGAAAAAAUAACGAUAGCUGGUGAAAGUGCCGGAGCAGGAUGUGUGGGAUACCAAAUAAUAAGUCAACGGAGUAAAGGUUUAUUCAGAGCUGGCAUUUUACAAAGUCUUACCCCACUGCAUCAGCAGGCACAUCAAGAUUAUGCAAGAUUCUACGCUUUCGAAUUAGCUCGAAAUUUGGAUCCAAGUUUCACUUCGGAUAAUUCAACGGAAUUACUGGAACUGUUGCGAAGCCUCCCUGCUUCCAACAUAACCGACAACGCAGUUGCUGUUGCUGUUGGAAAAGAGGCUGGAUUAUUCGAAGGCCAAGGUAUAAUAUGGCUGCCUGUAAUUGAGGACGCUAGUCUAGAUGGAGCAUUCCUCACGGAUUUAUUUCAUGAAGACAUUAGAACAGGAAACAUAAACCAAGUUCCCAUAAUUAUUGGCUUUAACUCUGAAGAGGCACUAUUUUUUUUUAAGACUGAUGAUUUGGAUGUUGAGGUGCUUGCGAAAUAUUUCGACAGUGAUUUAUCCAACCUCAUUAGAAACAAGUUCAAUAUGACCACAGAGAAUAAAGUGACAGCUGGCACUAGAUUGAGACAAAUUUACACCGAUGGAACAUUCGAAGACGAUCCUGCGCAAGUAGUGAAGUUUUACACUGAUGAGUCGUUUUCAACCCCAGUUACUAGGCAUGCAAAGUUACAAUCUAACUAUACCGACGUUUAUUUGUACCAGUUUUCAUACAAAGGCAAUAUGGGAGGUAUGAAGGAUUUUGAAGUUGCAGGUGUUCGGGGUGUUGGUCACGCUGAAGACUUGGGUUAUUUCUGGGACGCGUUCUCUUCUAGUGGAUCUGAAGAUCCAGAAGAUGUUGCGAUACGUCAACGUUUGUUAACCCUGUGGUCAAACUUUGUCAAAUACCUAAACCCAACUCCAGAAGUGGACAGUACCCUGGGUAACGUGACGUGGGAGAAAGUUAGUCCAAAUAAUUUGGUGUAUUUGAACAUCAACGAUACACUUGAAAUGCAGAAGAAUCCAAGAGACUACCUCAAAUGGGAAAGAAUUAUAGACAUGUACGCUAUACCUCCAUUGGUUAAUUACUAAUGUAUCUUGAGAAAUAUGCUGUAUCAUUUAUAUUGCUUUAAUAUAUGUAGCACAUUUUUUAUUAGGUGCAAUCUGGUCAAAA